CUCUCAAUCGCCUACCUUUUUUUUCAUAUGCCUCCUUCAUCCCCUUUUUCUUCCUCCGCCGCGUUCCCUUCACUUGUUUCUCCCUCUACUUCCCCCUUUCUCUCUCCCUUUGACACCCUAGGAGAGAGUUUAGUUGAGCCACCGAGAUGCCGGAAGUCUAUCGGUGCAGCUCGGUAGAGUGGCGGCCGUCGCCAGUGGUAGCUUUGGCCACCAGUGCCGAUGAUUCUCAGGUGGCCGCGGCUCGGGAAGACGGAACUGUUGAGAUUUGGCUUGUCUCUCCUGGCUCCGUUGGCUGGCACUGUCAGCUGACGAUACAUGGAAGUCCGAAUUUGAGGGUAUCGUCUUUGGUUUGGUGUCGGCCGGGGUCGGAAGGUGCACAGUCUGGACGGUUGUUUUCGUCAAGUAUCGAUGGAUCAGUUUCAGAAUGGGACCUUUAUGACUUACGGCAAAAGACUGUGCUAGAUUCUAUUGGCGUCUCAAUUUGGCAGAUGGCAGCUGAGCCUUGUAAUAAUCUGAAGCUUCAGUUAAAGCAGGACUCUGGUUCUCAUGAAAAUGGCCAUGUUAACGAUAUGACUAAUGGUGUUGAUGAUGAUCGAAGCAGUGACAGUGAAGAGGAUGAUGAUGAUGAUUCGGUGAACCUUCAUGAGCAACCAGUUUCUGACAAUACACGUCUUGCAGUUGCUUGUGAUGAUGGGUGCGUGCGGAUCUACACUGUUUCAAGCGCAGAUAGACUUACUUAUAGUAGAUCAUUACCAAGGGUCAGUGGGCGUGUUUUGAGUGUAACAUGGAGUCCUGAUGCUAGCAGGAUAUAUUCCGGGAGUAGUGACGGAUAUAUUAGAUGUUGGGAUGCUAAAUUGUAUCAUGAAAUGUAUCGUAUAACAGUUGGCCUUGGAGGAUUGGGCAGUGGACCUGAACUCUGCAUAUUGUCAUUACUUGCCUUGAGAUGUGGGACCCUUGUUAGUGCAGAUAGUACUGGCAGCGUUCAGUUUUGGGACAUUAAGCAUGGGACUCUUCUCCAAGCACAUUCCUACCAUAAGGGAGACGUGAAUGCUUUAGCUGCAGCUCCUAGUCAUAACAGGGUGUUUUCUGCUGGAUCAGAUGGUCAGGUUAUUUUGUAUAAGCUCUCUGGUGAAGUAGUUGGUUCUGGUGAAGUGAUGAAGAAGUGGGUCUAUGUUGGUUAUGUAAGGGCCCAUACGCAUGAUGUGAGGGCCUUGACCAUUGCAGUACCCAUUAGUCGUGAAGAUGCAUCUCCUGAUGAAAAGUUGAAGAGACCUCGUGGUAAGGAGAAGCCACUUGAAUUUAGUUACCAUAAAUGGGCUCACUUGGGUGUCCCAAUGCUUAUAUCAGCUGCUGAUGACACGAAGCUUUUUGCAUAUUCUGUCAAGGAGUUUACAAAGUUUUCUCCACAUGAUAUAUGUCCUGCACCGCAGAGAGUACAAAUACAGUUAGUGCAAGAUACGGUUUUCAAUCAAACUUCUUUCCUUUUGGUUCAGGCUUCUGAGUGGUUGGAUAUUCUUUCUGUUCGUCCGAAAAAUGGUACUGUUUCUGACAUUGGAUUUGGGCCUUCUAGUGGACCUACACCAACCGAUCUGGUGGCCCGAGUUAAGUGUAGGGCUUCCAGAAAAAUCAUAUGCAGUACAAUUGCUUUUUCAGGCUCGUUAUUUGCUUAUUCUGACCACGUGAAACCAAGCCUAUUUGAAUUGAAAAGGACGAAAUCUGGAAAUCAAGCAUGGACUGUCAGCAAAAGGCAGCUACCCUUGGAUUUACCAUAUGCUCAUUCUUUGGCUUUUAGUUCCGAUUCUUCUCGGUUGAUGAUUGCUGGGAAUGACAGAAAGAUUUAUGUUGCGGACAUUGAAAGUUCGAAGCUGGUUCACACCUUUGUACCUUGUCGUAAAGAGUGUGGAGAUGGAUUGCCCCCAAGUGAACCUCCCAUUACAAGGAUGUUUACCAGUUGUGAUGGGCAAUGGCUCGCUGCUGUCAACUGCUUUGGAGAUGUAUAUAUAUUCAAUUUAGAGCUUCAAAGGCAGCAUUGGUUCAUAGCAAGACUGGACGGUGCUUCUGUCACAGCUGGUGGUUUUACCCCACGAAGCAGCAACGUGCUAAUAAUUUCAACUUCUUCUAACCAAGUUUAUGCAUUUGAUGUGGAAGCUAAGCAACUGGGUGAAUGGUCUAUGAGGCAUACAUUUUCACUACCAAGGAGGUAUCAAGAAUUCCCUGGAGAGGUUAUUGGGCUUUCAUUCCCGCCUUCCCGUAGUUCAUCAUCGGUUGUUGUUUACAGUCCCAGGGCAAUGUGCUUGAUUGACUUUGGGAUGCCAAUAGAUGGAGAUGAUGAUACCGAUCUGGCAAAUGGCCAGGACAUAGCGUUAAGGAAGUUGCAAAUUGGAAAAUUAAAGCGGAAGUUGAAAGGCCAUGAAUCAGAAACUAAGUCGAAUGGUAGAAAGAAUUUCGAGUUCUACGCUUUUAGAGAUCCCGUUUUAUUUGUUGGACAUCUGUCAAAACACUCUCUCUUGAUCAUAGACAAACCGUGGAUGCAAGUGGUCAAGACACUUGAAGCUCCACCUGUGCACAGACAUAUAUAUGGAACAUAACUGCUUUUUUUAUUUUUAUUUUUUAUCCUGGCCUUGAGGAAAAGUUCCAACAUGGCUGAGGUUUGAAGCAUGUUGUGCAAUGUAUUCCCAAAUUAAUUUUGUAGCCCGUGAGAGUAAUGUUUUUUAAAUGUUUUUUUUUAUUUAUAAUUUAUAUUUUUUUUCUCCGUGUAUGUUGUUUUUUCUGUAGUAAACGUUACAUGAAAAAUGGAAUCCUGCGUAGUUACAUUUCGAGUAC